AUGCCAUCACUGCCAGACCCUAAAGUCUUGCGGCUGCCGCGGACUGACGUCGACAAUGACUUCGUUCUCGUAAAUGUAGAACAGACCGGGUCUCAUCCUCUCGACUUGAAACUCGUCGCUACUGAUGGCCAGUCUCCUUUCGUCACCUCCGUGCGCCGGGAUCAAAUUCACAAGUUGCAGGCUCCUGGUUCGCAGACCGAAUCGGACCAUUGGCAAUCUAUUCUGUCUUCUGUCUUGUUUCAAUCUAUUCCAAAUGAUCCCACUUUGGCCGGAGUAGAAGCCGUGGCCAAUGUCUCUUCAUCUCAACUCACUAUAACCAUCCGCAACAAGAUUAGUGGCAUCACUGUACGUCCCCGCUGCAACACUUUUUACUCACCCUACAUACUGAUAUCCGUAGNNCAACGACUUGGCGCAAUUACUCUCGACAAGGAUGAAGAAGAAGAUAUUCAGCUAUACGACUGGACGGGCUUUGCUGUAUCCCGAGCUGAUGAACUGGCCCACCAACUAGCAACUUUUCAAUUUACUGUGGCCGAGCACCAGAAGACAAUUGAUGACCUGACUACCCAGUUGGAUGACCUGGUCAAGGCGAAGAAGUCUCACCAAGAUGAGAUGCUCAGGAAAUUCGCAGCCCUAUUGAACACCAAGAAACUUAAGAUUCGUGAUCAGCAGCGCCUUUUGGCUCAUGCCAAGGUCGACCCCAGAGCCGCAGAUCAAGUCCAACAAGCCAGAUCUGGAACCACUGGCCGUAAACCUGAUCUGUCUCGUUCAAGCAAGCGGAAGGCCGAUGCCAACAUCCAAGAGCCUGAAACAGAUGACGACGAUGUCGAGGAAACGGAUCUGGGGAAGCGCAUGGACGAAGAAGAUGACAUGCGUCAGGAACUUAGUGAACCCCUGAAUUCUGACAAAUCCGACCUCGAUACUGAAGAUGACGAUAGCGAUGGUGGCUUUGCUCCAGCUCCCAUGCCGUCACAGUCGUCGCACUCUCAAGCACGCUCUCAAGUCUCUGUUGGAACCAAAGAAAAGGCAUUGGAGACACUCACGCCAAACGAAGCCAGAACGAAGUCCCCUGAGACAGAGUUACCGCCUAGAAGGCAGUUGCCUUUCUCCAAGAGGAACGACCUGAGGCCUGCUCCGCAAGUUCCUCCAAAGUCGUCUUCGCAGACUCUUUUCCAAUCGUCUGCCACCAUACCCUCUUCGAAACCACCACCACCAAUGGACGACGACGACGAAACAGACGACGAACUCUAA